AUGAAGCAAUGCCUUAGAUACAUACAAGGAACCACGAGCUAUGGUCUGACGUUUGAGAAUACAACGGCAGGAACUACACGUCUUGUUGGCUAUUGUGACUCAAGUCACAAUGUGGAUCAGGAUGAUGGUAGGAGCACGACAGGUCAUGUAUUUUACCUAGGCAAAAGUCCUAUAUCAUUGUGUUCGCAGAAGCAAAAUAAUGUGGCACUAUCUUUCUGUGAAGCAGAGUUCAUGGCCGGUACAGAAGAAGCUCGUCAGGCGAUUUGGUUGCAGGAUUUACUUGGUGAAAUUAGUGAGUUACUAUGCAAGAAGACGGUCAUAGGCAUAGACAAUCAAUCCCCCAUUGCGCUCACGAGAAACCCAGUGUUUUAUGGCUGA